AUGAGGGGAGCCGGGGCUGCCCCGCGCGAGUCCCCCCGCGCCCUCCGCCCCGGCCCGGGCCCCGCCAUGGCCUUCUUCCGGCGGAAAGUGAAAGGCAAAGAACAAGACAAGGCCACAGAUGUAAAGGCAAUUAAAGCUGCAAUACCAGUACAUUCCCCCCAAAAGAGCCCUAGAAAUCAUGCCUUACUGGAGGCUGCCGGACCAAGCCAUGUGGCAAUCAAUGCCAUUUCUGCCAACAUGGACUCUUUUUCCAGUAGCAGGACAGCUGCUCUUAAGAAACAGCCCAGUCACAUGGAAGCUGCUCAUUUUGGUGACCUCGGCAGAUCUUGUUUGGACUAUCAGACUCAAGAGACCAAAUCCAGUCUUUCGAAGACCCUUGAACAAGUCCUGCAGGACAGUGUCGCCCUUCCUUAUUUUAUUCAGUUUAUGGAACUUCGGAGAAUGGAACAUUUGGUUAAAUUCUGGUUAGAGGCUGAAAGUUUUCGUUCCACAACCUGGUCCCGAAUAAGAGCGCACAGUCUGAAUACAGUUAAACAGAGCUCAUUGGCCGAGCCUCUCUCUCCUUCAUCUAAAAGGCAGGAAACCACCGUCUGUUUUCCAUCUGAGUUUCUUGACCAGAGGUUGGAGAGUUCUAGCACAGUCCAUUUGUUCAUGACCAAGUCAGAAGGAACAGAGAUGAAUAAUAGAACUAGCAAUGCUCAGAAUCACUCGCUGCCUUCCCAGGAUAGAGAUGAUGUCCAUUCUCUCCAUCUUGAAAUAUCCAAGGAAGGGACUCCAGUUUCUAUGGAACAUCAAGACUCUUCCAGACUUACAGUGUCAAAUAGAAAUAGUCCUUCUUCCACACUAAAGGAAUUAUCAGGAAAACUAAUGAGAAGUAUAGAACACGAUGCAGUGAGUACUUUUACCAAAUAUAUAUCCCCAGAUGCUGCUAAACCAAUACCUGUAACAGAGGCAAUGAGAAAUGACAUCGUAGCAAAGAUUUGCGGGGAAGACGGCCAGGUGGAUCCCAACUGUUUUAUUAUGGCACAGUCCAUAGUAUUUAAUGCAAUGGAACAAGAGCACUUUAGUGAGUUUUUGCGAAGCCACCAUUUUUGUAAAUACCAGAUUGAAGUGCUGACCAGUGGAACUGUUUACCUGGCUGACAUUCUCUUCUGUGAAUCAGCCCUGUUUUAUUUCUCAGAGUAUAUGGAGAAGGAAGAUGCAGUGAAUAUCUUACAGUUUUGGUUGGCCGCUGAUAACUUCCAGUCCCAACUUGCUGCCAAAAAAGGCCAGUAUGAUGGUCAGGAAGCUCAGAACGAUGCCAUGAUCUUAUAUGACAAGUACUUCUCCCUUCAAGCUACACAUCCUCUUGGAUUUGAUGACUUUGUCAGAUUAGAAAUUGAAUCCAACAUCUGCAGGGAAGGAGGGCCCCUCCCGAGCUGUUUCACUACGCCACUGCGUCAGGCCUGGACAACGAUGGAGAAGGUCUUUUUACCUGGCUUCCUGUCCAGCAAUCUUUAUUAUAAAUACUUGAACGACCUUAUCCAUUCAGUACGAGGCGAUGAAUUUGCAGGAGGAAAUAUUGCACUGACGAUUGCUGGCUUUGGGGGCCCUCCUGACCAUGAGUCUCAUUCAAGUAGUUCUGAUGGUUCUGCUCAGUUCAGUGUGAAGAAGGCCAAUGUUAAAAUCCUGAAAAAUUUUGAUGAAGCAAUAAUUGUAGAUGCUGCAAGUCUGGAUCCCGAAUCUUUAUAUCAGCGGACAUACGCAGGGAAGAUGACCUUUGGGAGAGUCAGUGACCUAGGGCAGUUCAUCCGGGAAUCUGAGCCUGAGCCUGAUGUAAAGAAAUCCAGAGGUUCCAUGUUCUCACAAGCCAUGAAGAAAUGGGUGCAGGGAAACACUGAUGAGGCCCAAGAAGAGAUGGCUUGGAAGAUAGCAAAGAUGAUAGUCAAUGAUGUGAUGCAGCAGGCACAGUAUGACUCACCGUUAGAGAAGUCAACCAAGCUAUGAUUUUAGACUUGAGAUCAAGGAAAUCUGCUUUUGAAGAUAAGUGAACUUUUUUCCUUUGGUUGGAUUCUUCUUUAACACAGCCAAUGAAAAUAAGCACUGUACUUUGAUCACUGAUAUCGCCAUCAUUUCCUAAGGAAGAAUUGGGAGCAACCCAAGGCCUCCCACACCAAAUGCAGAGUCACAUCCAGAAAUCUGCCUGCCACUGCACUUGUAGCACACAUAGGGAAGAUUUUUAAAGAGACAGAGGGUGGUCUGUAUGUUGUUGCCAGAAGAAUGUGAUUGAUGGACUUCACAACAGUGAGAAGCCAUUUUUGAGAGAUUGUUAAACUCUCGUGAAUAGUCUUGGGCACUCACCCUAGAAGGUGUGAGGGGAAGCUUAGCACUAGUUCUAUUGCUAAUGUUACUUAUAGUAAUAAUCACACAUUAUGAAGACGGCAGAGCAAGUGUCUAAGAAGAUUCUGCCCUAUCCUUAAAAUGUUCCUUGGGAAGGCAUGCUUUCCUUACCAAAACUAGGUGAGUAUUAACUACAAACUAAAUGUAUUUCCUUCCUUUGCAGAAGCAUUAAUUUUGAAGGAAAGUAACAGGCCAUGAGUGAAGUGACUACAAUCUCCUCACCUUUGGCAGAGAUAUUGAAUUUUGCGUUUUAACUAGCUUCUGAGAUGCAAAAUAUUUAAAAACCAGUGGUUCACUGGUGUGAUUGUGUUGCUAACACAAGGCCGAAGGUGCAAUUAAGAAUGCCGUUGUGUGAGCGUCAAAGUCUCCCUGCUCUCCGGUUACUCUUUGUUGUCCGAAAAGCAUUUAGAAGAAGCAGCGUAUUUAAAAAUACCAAUUGGUUUAUUGAUUAUAACAUAAUGAUUCACUCCAGUUUUUCAUCUUGUGCUGUCCUUGAACUGGGAUAUUUGGUCCCAGAUAGGACUUUUUUUUUUUUUUUUAAAGAAGAAAAAAAUUUUUAAAUCACUCAGUUCUGUUUGGCAGUCCCCCCACCUCCUGCUUCUGCUGGUCGUUUGGAAUUUUGCCACUUGUGACCUUUGCUCGUUUCGCUGUCAUUAAGACAAUAAGCAUACCCUGCCGGCUUUUUGCUCAGUUCAUGAAGCCAUUCGACAGGGCAGCACAGCUUUGGGUAUCACUCCAUUAUGUUUUUGCCCAUAUUUCCUUGUGAGAUGUUUCUGUUUUGAUGGGGUGGGAAGGGCUUUUUAUUUUUUUCCUGUUACUGCUUUUUUGUCAAAGGACUUGGAAAAAAAUCACUUUAUAAAGAUUAUCAAUCAUCUCCGUUCUUGAGAGUCUGAAUGAAUAUAGAAUGUUAUUCCAUUGCAAUAUUUGGUUGUAUAAAGGCACACUGUGUAUUGUCAAUAAGAAGAAACAGAAAGGCUGUGUAUAGGUUUUUGGUACUAUGUACCACCUCUAUUACUCCUCUGACGCCCAAGUAUUCAUGUACCUAAACCAUAUUCUAUUUAAUUGUGUUUGAUUUAAAAUAUAUAUAAAUAUCUAUAAAAUAUGUUAAAA